CACACUCUACACACACAGAGUACACAGUUGGAGUGUGUUCCAGUGCACUGCUAUACACUGACGAUAAUUCAGUGAGGCAAACUACAAAUUUGACUAGCCCUAAAAAGGCAGAGCAACUAUUUGUUGUUUUUCUUUCUUUUUUUUGGGUGGAAUAUGUCUCUUGGAACAUGUGAUCCAUCGGCUACAGAUAACUUAAACAGAUGAGAAUAAAUAUUUCUGCUUCUGUUACCAAAGUUCAGUCAGACUGAAGAUGCUGAUGUUGAUGUGGAUUACAGCAUUGAUUUUUCAUAAAACUGAUUCUGCCCAAGAAAACCAAUCUAUUAUUCAGCCAGACUCAAUGGUUAUUGCCGAUGUUGGUGAUAGCGUGACUCUGCGCUGCUUUCGACCAGAAGAGGAAACCAGUGGAAACAUCAUUUGGUACAAGCAAAAAGUAGGACAUGAGCCUCGAGCUAUGGUCACAGUUAAUUAUGAACCUAUUUGGGAAAAUCAGUUCAAGUCACCAAGAUUCUGUAUCAAGAAAGAAAAAAGGGGCUUCCAUUUAAAUAUUGCUAACCUAGAACCAUCAGAUGAAGCCAUGUAUUACUGCAGCCUCAUGAAAUUUUCACCGGUCUUCGGAAAAGGAACAUUUUUAACAGUAAAAGAUGACAGAGAUGUAAAAGUGUCGGUGUUGCAGCACGGCAUGUCGGACUCGGUUCCUGCAGGAGCCUCAGUGACUCUGCAGUGCUCGGUUCUCUCUGAGAGCAGAGCAGCAGAACUCCAAGUGCUCUGGUUCAGAGCUGCUGCACCACAAUCCCAUCCUCAAAUCAUUUACACUCAUCACAACAGCAGCCAUCAGUGUGAGAGCGGCUCUUCUACACACACCUGUGUGUACAACUUCACCAAGAACAUCCUCAGCCUCAGUGAUACUGGAACUUACUACUGCGCUGUGGCCCUGUGUGGGAAGAUCAUAAUUGGAAACGGGACACAAGUACAGCUGGAUGUGAAGACACUCACUGAUCAGUGCUUCAAGGGAUCUGUAGUGAUCUGCCUUGCUGUAGUGUUGGCAGUGUGUCUGGUAAUAAAUUGCGCUCAAGCUGUUUUAUACUGUAAAAAACGAUGCACAGUGAAGCUUUCACAAGACACAAUGCACAAUCAGGACUGUGAUACAGUGGAGGUGAAUUAUGCUGCUAUAAAUUUCAGUAAAAAGAAAAUCAAAAGAGCCAAAAGAGAUGAACUACAUGAUCCUGUUUAUUCUCAAGUGCUACAUAUUCCUGUUACUUAGUACACUGUUAUUCUUUUUAUUAUCUUAUUAUUAUAACAGAUACAUGCUGUAUGUCUGCUCGCUGUGAAGAUGUGAACAAUAUUUGACUGAGAAACAAUAAAAAAAAAAUAACAA